AUGGACCAAAACAAUCACCACAACAAUCACAUCCCACCCCCGGACGCCGUCCCAGGAUCCGCAUCUUCACAUUCGCCUCUUUCCAACUCGGACAUCUCCUUUCUCUCUACCUACUUGAAGUCUCACAACCACCAGCAGCUAGCGAAAAACAUCCACGAGACAUGCUCCCAGUUCGGCGCCGCUCACCGCUGGGGUUCCGGCGAAAAUGACACGGGCAUGAACCGCUUGGCGCUGACGGACGCGGAUAAAGCUGCCAGGGACUGGUUCGUGGAAGAAGCGAAAGGGUUGGGGUGUGAAGUCACGGUGGAUGAGAUGGGGAAUAUUUGGGCCGUGAGGAAAGGUCUUUCCGACUGCAAGCCUAUUGAAGACGGCGGAAAGAGAAAGAGACUGCCGCCCGUGAUGAUGGGUAGUCAUCUUGAUACCCAGCCGCGGGGAGGGCGGUAUGAUGGCGUGCUGGGUGUGAUGGCGGGACUGGAGGCCUUGAGGGUGUUGAAGGAGAAGAAUGUGAGCACGUGGAGACCCGUGGGCGUAGUGAACUGGACGAACGAGGAGGGCGCGCGGUUUCCCAUCAGUAUGGUGAGCAGCGGGGUGUGGGCGGGGGAGAUACCGUUGGAGAAAGCGCAUACGUUGAAGGAGGUUGCUGGAGAAGGAAAGACGAUGAGAGAGGAGUUGGAAAGGACUGGGUAUCUGGGAGACAAAAAGUGUGGCUAUGAGGAGAUGCCCAUGGCGGCGCACUUUGAGCUGCAUAUUGAGCAGGGACCGAUAUUGGAGGAGAAAGGGAAGAAGGUCGGUGUCGUGAAGGGGAGUCAGGCGUAUAAGUGGUUUACGGUAGAGGUUGUCGGCAAGGAGGCUCACACAGGAACCACCCCUUAUCCUCAGCGCGCCGACGCUUUCAUGGCGGCCAACUCCAUGAUCCAUUACGCCCGCUCCAGGGGCGAACAGGAGGACAUCCUCGUCUCGGUCGGUGUCUUCCAAGUUUUCCCGGGCAGCGUCAAUACCAUUCCGGGCCGGGUCAAGUUCUCCCUCGACAUCCGCUCGUCGUCGACCGACAAACUUGCCCAGUUUGCGGAGCACUUUCGCCGCAAGUUCGGCAGCAUCGCCCAGAACUUGGGCGCCAACAGCCAGCCCUGUGCCGUCACCUGGCAGGAGGAUACCGAUUCGCCCGCCCAGAUGUUCGAUGACGGGUGUUGCAAGGCGGUCAGGGAGUCAGCUCUUUCCGUUCUCGCGGCAGACGCCGGUGGGGAUAUGGUCAAGGCCAUGGAACUGGUCAAGUACAAUAUGGUCAGUGGUGCCGGUCAUGAUUCGGUCCACACGGCCAAGAGGUGUCCGACGAGCAUGAUCUUUGUACCGAGUAAGGGCGGACUGAGCCAUCACCCGGAAGAGUUUACGAGCGAGGAGGAUUGUGUGAGGGGCGCACAGGUGUUGUUGGAGAGUGUGUUGAGGUUCGAUAGGGAGAUUUGGAGGGAGGAUUAUAAUCGGGAGAAGGCGAAGUCUGAUCUCUCCUUACAGGCUUUCCUCGCCUCUCCUGUUUCUACCAGUGCCGUGCACCAGACAAUCACGAUGAUCUGGCUCACCCGCGCCCUGCUCUUUGGGUUAUCCGCCCAACUCACUCUCGCCAAAACCCCCAGCAAAGACGAAGCCCCGGUCGCUGGCUCCAAAGACAACCUCGCCUACGAACCCAUCUCCCAAUCAACCAUCUACACCUCUAACGCCACUUCCCCAGACAGUGGUAACGUUCCCCCAACCACGGGGUGGUGGUCCUCCCAAAUCUGCGCCCAAAAAACCUACUGCAUCUACACCAACCUCGCCCUAGGCCGUGGUCACGGCAUAGUGCUCCUCACCAAAUUCGCCGAAUUCCAGAAAAUUGAGCGGCUAGAUCAACACCUCGACAAAGCCGAGGACCGUAUCGAAGCCACAACCGAAAACGGUGGACCGCCGUUCGAGGAGAGUUAUAUCCUCGAUAAAGGCCCUGGUCUUACGGCCACGACGCAGCUAAGGAGGGGUAAGCCGCUGAUGCAAGCGGCGCCGGUGUUGAUGGUUCAUAAGGAUUUUUUUGCGGAUGUGUGGCGGAGGAAAGAGAGAGAGAAGAUGUUGGAAGUUGCGGUUGGGUUCUUGCCGGAAAAGACGAGGGGGGAGGUUGAGAGGCAGCGGAGUCUUGGGCUCGGUCCGGGUGGCAAGAAGGGAGAGGAAGGGAAGGAUGGGAAGGAUGCCUCUGGGAAGGAUCGGAAGGCUGGAAAUGAAGCAAAGGAGACAGGGACAGGGACAAAAAGGUCGAUCGAGCAGAUCCUGCUAGCAUCUCCCUUCGAAAUCGACCUGGGCAGCAACUCCUACCAACCAGUCGGCCAAGGCCAAGGCCAAGGUCAAGCAAACUCACAAGCCGAUCACUCAAAGCACUACGUCAACUACCCUUCCAUGGCCCUUUUCACGCACUCGUGUCGACCGAAUGUCGCGUUCCACAUUGAUGGGAACAUGGCUUUGCGGACGACUGUUGCCCGCAAGGUUAGUCCCGGCGAGGAGUUAACCAUCGCUUAUAUCGACCCGAUUAAACCGCGCAAGGAACGACAGGAGUGG